AUGAUUCUACAGCCCUGCAAUGUAGAACUUACUAAAGUGCAUUAUUACGAUCGGAACAAGAGAUCACAAAAUAUGUCCGUAUCCACUAUAAGCAGAGAAAUGUAUCAAAAUAGCUUUAAUAAAAAUAUGAUUAUCAAAAAGAAUAUUUUCGGACAUAGAUGGGUUCUGAAAAUAAACGAACAAAUAGACCCGGAACCCAAAAAGAAAAACCAAUUUUUAUUUGUUUAUAUUUUGGUGUUUAUUAGUCUUAUUUUAGCUGUGAGUUUUGGAAUUAUAUUUUCUUUAGAUUACAACACAUUCAGGGCAGAAAAUAAAACUACACUAAAUAGAGGCAAAAUUUUAGAACAAAAUGAAACAAAUUUGGAAAAUAAUACAAUUUAUAUAACAGACGAAAGUAACUUCGCACAUCAGAAUUUAGAAAUUAUUAGGACAUUACCAAAAAACGAUAAUAAUUAUAAUAAUGGAUCUCGAUACAAGGAAACUGAUACAUCGAACCCAUAUUGCCAAAACUGUACAAACAACGAAGUUUGCAUGAAAACUCGAGAAACUGAGAAGCCAAGAUGUAUUCUGAUGACUGAUAAAAGAGAUCCCACAGGAUGUGGUGGAUUAUGCAAGAUCAAUACAGAAUAUUGCAAAAACCUGGACAAACUAUUCCAGGUGUAUCAGUGUUUGAAAUUGAAAAAUUUACUCAAAUGUCCCGAAAAAACUUUCAACUGUGGCAACAUGUGCAUUCCAUUGGAAAAACGUUGUAACGGGCAGAUUGAUUGUAUCAAUAUGAUGGAUGAGAAAGAGUGUGAAUGCAAUUUAACUAGUCAUUUCCAUUGUGGCAACCAAACAUCUUGUUUAGCAAAAGAGAAGAUUUGCAAUGGAAAAGUAGAUUGCUGGGAUAAAUCUGAUGAAAUUCAUUGUCAAAAAAAUAUUUUCUGUGAAGAAAACUAUAUCCCUUGCACAAACGGGCAAUGUAUCCCGAAAGAGAAAAUGUGUGACAAUAAGCCAGACUGCUUAGAUAGAACUGAUGAACCGUUUUGGUGCCAACAAAUUACAAAAUCUAAGUUUUGA